UUGUAUCAAAGAAGAUGUACAAAUGUGCAAAUUUUAAGUAUUUGUGCAAGACAAGGUCGUUGAAUGUUUCUAUGGAGUGCUUUUAUAGAUAUGAGUUUCAAGUAAUAUUUUCAAGUCAUAGAUUGUAGCAAUGCUAUUUGAAGGCAGACAUUCUGACUGAUCAACAGAUACGGUUCAUGGGUGCAGUCCCAGAUUUUCUUUCUGGGAACUCUUGUAACUUAACAUUGAGAAUUUUAUGAACUUCAGCGCCGUGUCGUUCAACAAUAUAGCUCUUUGACAUAAACCAAGUUUUGACAUGAACCCUUCAAUUAUGUAUUAGACCCAAAUUGUUUUUAAAAUGUCUUCUGCAUCUCCAGGCAACGCGGGUAGCAGGUUAUUUCAAUUCAUCAUUUAACUUCAAUAAAUUGCAUCACAAUUGAAAUGUUGCCACCAGCAUCUUGGUGAUGAAUUCAUCAAUAAUUCAUUCUGUGUAGCUUGGAUUUUCGCAAAUGACAAAAACUUUGAAGACUGACAUGUCAAAUUUUGAUCGACACACUUGCUGCUAGAAAUUUGAAAUUUCAAAGCAAGUUGAGGUACAGAGUCUGGUGUCAUGGCCGGAAAGAAGAACAUACUUGCUUUGGCUUUGCUCUUUGUCGCUUCAUUUGUAGAGAUAUUACAAGCCAACCCACUGGCAGAUAUCCUGCCUGGCUGCUUGAACACGUUAUCUGGGAGCAGUGGGACGUUCCACUCGCAAAACUACCCAAGCAAUUACCUAAACAACCAGAAAUGCGGUUGGAUUCUUGAAGCAGCUGGGAACACAGCAGACAUCAAAGUCACCUUCCACGACUUCCAACUCGAGCCAAGCAAAAGGUGCUCCUCCUACGAUCACGUGUUUAUUUACACGCAAACCAUUGGCUCAAGUGUAUGGACCCAAAUGAUACCGUUUGAUGGCUACUGUGGUACUCUUACCAUUCCGCCAAAGUUUGAAAGCUGUAAACGUAUGCUGAUAAAGUUUGUGUCUGACAACGACAACCCGUUCAAAGGGUUUAACGCAAGCUACACUAUCAAAGUCACUCAAGAUACGCCAAGAAUCCAAUGUCUAGGAAAACUAGGAGACAGUAAAUGCAACCAAACGGUACAUUCAACCGAGAAGGAGACACUGAAAGUGGCUUGUAAUGCAACUGCGAUUCCGCCUCCUACUUUUGAGUGGUUCAUGGAAAAUUCAACCGGAUCCGGAUUCUUUGUAAAAAUUCCAAGUACCGGUAUCAAGUACCAUGCUGCUGUGAAUGGCAUAUUGACUAUAAAAGAUGUAGCAAUGUCUGAUGCCAAAGAUUACCAAUGCAAAGCCAUUAACAAACUUGGAACCACCGUGGCCCCGUUUAGUUUGAAAGUACAAGAGAAAUGCUCCUGCCCAAAAUCAAUCACGACGAACUCCUAUGAUUAUGCACCCUACUCGAGAUAUGUUAAAAGUGGUGACCAGUACGGUGGGAUAUUUUUUAUCAUAUUGGACAAAAUGAUAAAAGACUGUUGUGGGUCCUGUUCUCGUGGACACGGGUCUUCAGAUAUUAUUUGGGAAAAGCCUGCAGAUUUGAAGAAAAAGUCGAUGUCAAAAAUGAAAGAGCAGCUUGAAAUUGGAUCAUUUGAUCUCAGUUUUCCAAUUGAAGGGUCGAAAACCAGUGAAUACUACAGCUCAAGCCAUUUGUUUAUUCCAAUUGUCGACUCACCUGGGUAUGCACUUUUGGUUAAGAGCAACAAUGACGGUCAAGCAAGCGUCAUUUUUGAUUCGAUUCUCAAUGGCUGGCCAAUCCUUGUUCUCACCGUCGUAAUGGCAGUUCUGGCCGGAAUGAUUAUGUGGAUGCUUGAUACAUACUGGAACGAAGAACAGUUCCCACGUUCCUUUACUGAGGGAAUCAUCGAGGGGUUUUGGUGGGCGUUCGUUACAAUGACAACUGUGGGAUAUGGAGACAUUGCCCCCGUCGGUGUGCCUGGUCGACUGUUUGCUAUAAUGUGGGUUCUCACUGGAUUGAUAAUCAUAUCAAUUUUUACCGGGGUCAUCACCACUGCACUUACCGUCAACAGUCUUUCGACCAGCGUCAACAUGUACGGAACAAAGGUUGGUGUGCUUAAUGAUUCAGGAGAGUUUAAUUAUGCUGUGAGGAAGAACGCAAAUGUCAGCAGCUACGUGAGCGCAGAACUUCUAAGCCAAGCUCUGUACAGAACCAAUAUUAAAGCAGUUCUCCUUGACUCUUAUGUUGCUGCUCAGCCACCGAAGUAUUUUCCGAAAACAAAAGCAAGAGUUAACAAAAUUUUUAAGACUACAAAAGCAUAUGGAUUUGUUCCUGGACAAACCCUCACCGCAGAUGAUACCUUGAUAAAAUGUUUUAGAAAUUAUGUGGAGCAAAACAAACAGUAUAUUUCAACAGCUGUGGAAAACACAACUCAAACACUAGAGGAGGAAAGCACAAGCGCAGCAGUUGACAACACAAAAGGCUUGUUUGAUCCGAAAAGCUCGCUCUUCCUCAAUGCGGUCAUAAUAUCUUCAGUGCUUCUUGUGGUCUUUUCCAUUCUUGGGUUGCUGUUCGAGUACUGCUAUCUGAAGCCGAAAAAGAUCAUGCUCUUAGCUGCAAGAAAUCUGGAGAUGGUCGAGACGCCGGAAAUAAAAGAAAUGGCCUUGAGAGCUCAAAAGAUGAAAGAGGUGUUGCUUUCUGAAAUAAAAGAGUUUCAUGAGCGGUGGAAGGAAAAUGUCGUUGAACUGCGACAAAAGCACCAAGUACAGCAGAAAGAUUUCCUCAAAAACGGUCCAAAGAAAGACACAGUGCCACAAGGCAACGAGGCUUUUGAGAUGGAUGAGCAGUCACCAUCGCCAAGAGCCGGAUCCUCUGUCGCUUUCGUAAACGAGAAGUCAGACAAGUUCUAAAAGACACUUUAGCUUCAUACCUUUUUAGUUUAUGCACGCAGUUUUUAUUUGUUUCAAGAACUCAAAGAGAAGUAGGAGGUAGGAAGUUUCGAUUUUUUUGUAGAAGGACAAUGGCUAUGUCUAACUGAGCAUGUAGACUUGGCAUUCGUUUCUAUGACUCAGUGCGGCAUAUCCCUCUCCAAAGCCCAACUUCACUGGUUUGCCAUCCUUCAGAAUA